CUACCUACCUGAUCAACCAAGAAAGGAGAGCAGCAGAGCCGUGUUUAAUCAGCCGUGAGUUCCCGUCGCAUAAUCUUGACGUCAAGGUCGACCAAUGGCGUUUCUGGAAGGAUCAUUGCGCGUGACGAGGAGCAUCGGCAGCCGGAAGAUGACGGAGGGGAAGAGCCACAACGGGUCGGGGGCGUGGCGGCAGGCGCCGACGCCCGUGAGGCAGCUCUUCUGGAGGGUGAGGCGCACCGUGCUGCGGCAGAAGCGCCGCGCCGUGAGCUUUGGGUACGACCUCAAGAGCUACUCCCAGAACUUCGAUGACGGCCUCGUCCCGGCCCACCGCCUCUACUGAGAGACACCCACGUGGUCUUCUUCUUCUUCUUCUUCUCGAUUUUACUUACCGCCCGGCCGGACCACGGCUCGAGGCUGGAGAGUUUGUAGCGUCGUCACCUUGUUGAUUUGCUCCUCCUCUAGUUCAGCUACGAGUGUAUAUUAGACAGUACUGUUCAUACGCAAGUUGCUUACUGUUGGAAGUCUGAAACUGCCAAUGAAAUGACAGUGUAUCUACGUGCCUGUAUGUAGUCUGCGAGCCGCGUCACUUGCCACAGUGGAAUGGAAUUUAAACUAUUUCUGUU